AUGUGCUGGAAGACUUCGACCGUCAGCUUGCUGAAGUCUUUCCACCCUGAAACCUUUAGGACGAUGACCCUUGUGCUGAGGGAACUGCUCAAUACUUCAGCAACUCGGCGGGCUGGGCCCUCCACCACUGAUGUAAGGUGGAGUCACCCAGUCGAAAAUAUCAUGUACAAGUAUUUGUCAAUUUGCCGCCAUUUUUUCUCCAGAACAUCGCUGAGUGCCCUUUUUUUGGGCACCGACGACCAGCCAGCGCUGCUGAAUGUCUUGCUGGUGUCUAUCCCGUUGGCCUUCAUGUCGAGAUUCCUCGGCUGGAGUGAGGCCUGGGUCUUCCUAAGCGCCUUGGUCGGCUUGAUCCCUCUGGCCGAGCGCAUCAGCUUCGUCACGGAAGAUGUGGCGAAGUACACAAAUCAGACAUUGGGAGGUUUGCUGAAUGCAACCUUUGGAAACAUCACUGAGCUGGUGGUGUGCAUUUUCGCAAUCAGAGCCGGACUCUUCCGGGUGGCACAGCUCUCCAUGUUGGGCUCUGUGCUGUCCAACUUGCUUCUGGUUCUGGGCUCGGCGUUUCUCAUUGGCGGCUGCAGACACAAGGAGCAAAACUUCAACAGGUCAGCAGCGGUGACCAAUACGGGGCUCUUGAUUUUUGCCGUACUGGUGUGCCGGGUGUUCAAGGGAACUCCGGCGUGCGGGGCGUGCCUAGCCGGCGCGCGUAUUCUGGGGAUCCUCCAAUCAGGAGGCCUACCCGUCUGCGAGGAGCGGCGGGUCACAGGCCUCCUGCGGGGGGUCGCGGGUGAGCUCGCCGACCUGGUCGAGAGCCGCCCGGCAGGUGAAGAGACCCGCAGGGGGACUUCGCCGCCCAAGGGGGGAAUAUCUGGCCUGACCCCCGGGCCAAACGCAGGAGUCGCUGUAAAGGCCGAAGAGCCUGGCAGCGAGGGCUCCUUUGAGGAAGAGGGAGAAGAGGAAGAGCCAACUUGCCCUGACCAGGCCGUCGAGGCGAGUGGUGAGGAGGUAGACAAGAAAGACAAAGAGCCUCCCAAGGAAGGUGCCGUCAGCAAGGACAAGAGCAAAGCAGCCGAGGAUUUAGAGAAGGAGCCCAAGCAUAAGGAAGAGCAGAAGAGGCCUCAGCAAAACCGGAGAAGUCACGUGGCAGCGCAGUUGCCCCUCCUACGAGAACUUCAGGAGAGGGAGAAAGGAGCAGGCGAGAGGAGCCCGAUAGGAGGUCGAGAGAUCGAAGGGGACACAGCCCCGCAAGAGGAGAGAGAGACGACGAGGGCCAUCGACGAGGAGAGAGGCAGUCAAGGGUGCGCCACGGGAGCGAGCGACCUGCCUCCCCGGCAGAGAGUUCAAGGAGUGGACAGAAGACCGGAAGAGGAGACGGGGUCAGUGGCACUGAUGCCGCCCAAAGCCAAGGUGAGGGCGAAAGCCAAAGCAAAGGGUUUCCCUAUGAGGCGGCCUGCAAGGGUGGUGCGGCCUGGCGGUCUGCGUCGCCCGGCUGCGGCGCCCGAGGGAGACUCUCCAUGGAAGAGGGGUCUCCCCCAGAAGUUGGUGGAGGUGCCGCUGACGGAGUUCGCAACCGGUCUCUUCUUGGUUGCAGAGGAGGCCGACUACUUUGGGGGCAAUAUCAAACUCGCUGGCGAGAUCACGAAACUGGAGGUAGAGAAAGGAGAGACUACACUCUACCUCCAUGCAAAGGGGACCGACAGCGAAGCUUUGCUGAAAGCCCAUACCAGCCAACCACAAACUUGGUUCAAGUGUCACGUGUGCCCGGAGGGGUGCACGAGACAGGUGACAGGAGAUUAUGUGGUGCAUCUCCUGAAAGGACGAAAAGGCCGUACAGAAGGAGAGGAGGAAUGGACCAGAAACCUAGAGGUGAUGAAGCGCGGAGACGACAAGGAGGACGAAUUGGGGAACCUUCGGAGGAGGUCACAGGAGAUAGCUCAACAGCAGCGGGAGGAGGGCCUUCCUCCCGAGGAGGAGCCAGGAGGGACUCCCAAAGGACAAGAGGGAGAACCCUCCUUGGAAAGAAAGAAGAAGAAGAAGAAGGAAAAGAAAAAGAAAAAGGACAAAGGCCUGGAAAAUGGACGGCAUCCGGCUUUAGCCGCCCAGAAAGAGGUGAAAGAGCUCUAUCAAGGAACGGGCCUGGAUCCUCGGGAGCACAUCAGGCGGAGGAUACAGAAGAAGGCACAAAAGUUCCUAUCGAAGAAGAGGAGCAGAAGCAGCAGUGGAGCGUCCAGCGGCAGCAGUUCGACCAGCUCCCCCUCCCUCGAGGAACCACGGGGGGUGGAGGGAGUCUUCACCGAAGACACCAAAGUUCGGGCCCUGGCCGAGCGCUACCCGGGCACGCUAGCAGUGGAGGCAAUCAGUGCUAUGAGAAGGUCCCUACUUACCACCAGUGGGGAAGAGAUGGACGAGUCGGCCAUCAGACCGGUGGCACUCCUGUAUUACAGGACGGUCCUGGCAAGGCGCACCUCAGGUCCACAGAGCAGAGAGAUGCUGAACCUGAGUGCAGCCUUGGACCUCCUAGUACGGGGGAAGCCAGCUUGCGCCGCCGACCUCAUAGCCCAACGGCUAAAGGCGCAGGAGGCGGUGAGCCAGGGCACAAGCUGGGCAGUGGCGCAGAGGAUGGAGUUGCCACCCCCGGAAUUGCCUGGCUUGGUGGCGAGGGCCGAGCUGGCGAGUGCGCGCAAAGAGGAAUACGAGGAGGCCCGGACUCGUUGGCGAGCGGCGCAAGGAUCAGGAGGAGGAAAGAACGAGCACAAGGGCAAGGGCAAGAGCGGCAAAGGAGAAGGACAGCCUUGGAGGAGAGAGGAUCGACGCGACGAUGGCAAGGACAAGCAGAAGGGCAAAGGGAGUGAGCCUGGUAUGAGCAAGGAUCCUCCUAAGGGUGCAGGAGGAAUGGACACUUUUGUGCGAAAUGACCGGGGCGUCUUUGAAGACCCUGGCCAGGCCGCGAAUAUCGGGGAGGAUAGGUUUUUUACACCGGUCCAGAAGAGCCCUGAUCUUUUUCCACCGGUACCUCCCAAGAAUUAUCCGGGAGAUGUGCCUUUUGGUGCCACAGCAGCACCGUAUGUUUCAUCCACCUUUGAUGGGAUUGACCAUCACCUUGCAGCUGACUUGGCUGCAACUUCGGAAAGGCGGAAAAGAGAGAUGGAGCCGUUUUCAGGGAAGAGAGUUUGUGAUUUGGGAGGAUAUGUCCUUGAGGAGCUCUUAGGGGUUGUUUCACUUCGCAGCUCGACCAAGGGCAUGAAGGGGCCAAUGAAGGGUGCACUCAAUGCAUUCGUCUUCUUGGAAAGGUCUAUAGACUACAAAGGAGACGAAGUCAAAACGGCCAGAAGUUUCUCCUGGGAAAAUAUUAGACAUGCACUUCCCAACGAAGUCGGAAGAGUUCCACUAGAAGAGGUCUGCACUUUAGGUGCUAGACAUUAUGUCCAACACUUUGACUCGUUCAUUAAGUCCCCUGAUCAAUGGGUGAUGGGGCGUCCACCACGUGUGAUGGUGGAAGACAAAGACUGGGCUGGAGUCUGCACCGGACUAGUGGAAAGUGGGGUCUGCACGUUUUUGGAGCGGGAGGAGGUUUUUGCUACAGGCGAGAGUCUCCUGCUCAACGGGUUAUUUGGGGUCACCAAAGAUGAAUGGGUCGGGAACACGGAAGUCUACAGACUCAUAAUGAACUUGGUGCCCCUCAAUGGGAUUGCCCACAGCCUGAAAGGAGACGUAGAAACACUUCCAAUGUGGUCACUCAUGAACCCGUUUUUUCUGCAGCCUCACGAGAAGCUACUGGUUAGUAGCGAAGACGUUCGAUGCUUCUUUUACACAAUGAGUGUGCCUUGUUCCUGGUGGAAGUACUUGGCUUUUAACAAGGUUGUCCCCCAAGCUUGUCUUCCUACCCAUCUUCAAGGAGCAGAGGUAUAUCUUGCGGCAAAGGUCCUCCCAAUGGGAUUUCUCAAUAGCGUUUCCCUGGCGCAACACGUGCAUCGCAACCUAUCUCUAUGGAGUGCUGGGCAUGACCCUGAAUGCGAUGAGAAUCCUCCAGAGGGUGAGAUCCGGAAGGAUCGGCCACUCACAGUUAAGAACCCCAGCUGGAGGAUAUAUCUCGACAAUUACGACCUGCUUGAGCGGGUGAACGCCCUGGGAGUGUCCCAGCAACAGGGUACGGUAGCGCCAGCCGUAUUAGCUUUGAGGCAGGAGUACGAAUAUUGGGACAUCCCCAGGAACCUGAAGAAAAGCGUGAGUAGGCAGCUUCGGGCAGAAGUACAAGGAGCACAGGUUGACGGCGAAGAUGGAGUGGCUUUCCCUAGAGAGACCAAGUUGGCAAAGUACCUAGCGGCUGCAUUGGCGUUGGUUCAACUGGAGACGGUCACGCAGCGACAGCUCCAGAUGGUAUGUGGUGGGAAAGCAGUGCGUACAUUGCCAAGCCAGCGUCGUCUGGAGAUCCUUCGGUUUGUAGGUCUCCUGCCGUUGGCACGCUUAGAUUUCAGAAUUCCAGUUCAUCCAGUGGUUUCGUGCAGUGAUGCUUCAACAUCGGGAGGCGGGGUUUGCGCCUCCCUUGGGCUCUCCGCAUGGGGACGUUUGGUCGUUACUGGUAGCCUGAGGGGUGAAUUGCCUGAACUCCGGCAGGAACAUCAGGUUCUGACCAUCGGGCUUUUCGAUGGGAUCGGAGCCCUUCGUGUGGCAGCUGACCUCAUAGGUCUACAACUUAUCGGCCACAUCAGCGUCGAAAGCAAUGCUCAAGCCUCACGGGUGGUGGAGUCGCACUUCCCGGAUGCGCAGUUUGUGCAGGACGUUCAAGCCGUGGACUGGGAUAUGGUCCGGGAGUGGGCUCGGUGCUACUCCCAAGCUUCGGUGGUGCUGCUGGGCGGCGGACCCCCGUGUCAGGGGGUCAGUGGACUGAACGUGGACAGAAAAAGGGGCCCUGCGCGACGAAAGAUCCCGUUUAUUCACACAUGUACCCCGCAUCCUUGCAUUGGUGCGCAAGGCAUUUCCCUGGUGCCAAGUACAUGCUUUGAUGGAAAGUGUUGCCUCAAUGGAUAG